AUGACCUAUUACGACGUGCAGGUUGCCGUCGCGAUCAACAACUGGCGUCGACCUUUUUUUGAUACGGUACAAACAGCACUGGACGAAAGUGCUCGCGUUGUUUCAGCCGACGAGUUCUACGCGCUGCUGUUUAUCUUCUUCCAGAUCACGUCGGUCUGGGUCAUCCUCUAUAUCUUGAAGCGGUUCUUUAUCAGUCAUUACAUUUUUCGCUGGCGCACGGCGAUGAACGACUACUAUGUCGCCAAAUGGAACAACGUCCGGCAAAUCGAAGGUGCCUCCCAGCGUAUCCAGGAAGAUACAAUGCGGUUUGCAGCAAUCAUGGAGGGUUUGGGCGUCGCCCUGAUCGAUUCCCUGAUGACCCUGAUCGCCUUCCUGCCGAUCCUGCUCGCAUUGUCGUCGCACGUGGUGGAACUCCCCUUUAUUGGCGAGAUACCGGCACCGUUGUUGAGUGCGGCCAUUUUCUGGUCAAUCACCGGAACCGUUGUUCUCGCCGCAGUCGGUGUAAAGCUACCGGGUCUUGAAUUCCACAAUCAGCGCGUCGAAGCUGCCUAUCGUAAGGAACUUGUCUACGGCGAGGAUCAUGAACACAGGGCGGACCCGGUAAAGCUUACCGAGCUGUUCGGCUUCGUCCGGAAGAACUAUUUCCGCCUGUAUUUCAAUUACAUGUAUUUCAACCUGUUCAGGGGUUUCUACCUUCAGGCAGACAACGUCUUUGCAUAUUUCCUUCUCAUUCCGACAUACGUCGCAAAGAAGGUGACAUGGGGGAUUGUCCAGCAAAUUCUGACAGCUUUCAGCCAAGUGUCCAACUCAUUCCAGUUCCUUGUCAAUUCCUGGCCAACGAUCGUUGAACUGUUGUCCAUCUACAAGCGUCUUAAAGGCUUCGAACAGGCCAUUGCGGAACGUGAAGCGAUGAUGAUGCGAGGGGAAUUGGCGGCAGAAACGGGAGCUGGCGAGUAA